AUGGAUAAUCCGAAGUCCGAACAGCAGCCUGAGCUGCCUACCCCAGCACCUGCGUAUUCCGCAUUCUCAGAGAAAAGAAAGAACUUCUACCUAGGCAUUGUAACGGCCGCCGGGUUCUUCGGCCCUCUUUGCGGGGCAGUCUACCUGCCCUCGUUGAUUCUAUACCAAGAUGUCUUCAACUCAUCAAGAAGCGUGAUCAAUGCCACCGUCUCUGUAUAUAUGGCGAUUUUUGCCGUCGCACCCCUCGCCGGAGCAGCAGCAGCAGACCUCGGCGGCCGCAAAACAGUGUACAUCGUCACACUGGCCAGUUUCCUAAUAGCCAAUAUCCUACUCGCAUCCAUCCCCGCCAAUAUCGGCGCUCUCUUCGUGCUCCGCAUAUUCCAAGCUUUCGGCGCUUGCAUCGUCACCUCUAUUGGAGCCGGUACAAUCACAGAUAUAUUCGAGCCCGCACGCCGCGCAUCUGCCCUUGCUAUAUUCCUCCUCGGUCCUCAGCUCGGUCCUAUCCUAGGACCUCUAAUCGGGGGGCAAUUCGCGACGGAGUCCCGGUGGCGGUGGGCAUUUGGGUUUUUAGCCCUCGCCUGCACCCCCAUCUACCUCCUCAUCCUCUUCUGUCUCCCCGAGACGCUCCGCUGUCUAGUCGGGAACGGCGACGUCUUCGCAAAGCGAGGAUGGAUUGCCCUCCCGCGAUUCCGCCAAAAGGCACUCGUGGAGGAAGGGAAGUACCCUAAGCCGCCGAAACCCAGUCUCAAGAACUGGGUCAAGAUGUUGACGGAGCCAACGCAAUGUAUCGUUUUCGUGAACGGCGCGUUGUCGUUUGCGGGUCUUUAUUUGAUGUAUGUUAGUUUUCCGGAUGUAUGGGGCGAGCGGUUUGGGUUUUCGACGCAGGAGGUUGGGUAUGCUUAUUUGAGCCCUGGGGUUGCACUGUUCCUCGCCUCCCUCGCAACAGGCCGUUUCUCCGACUGGCACCGCGCAAGACUAACAGCAAGAAACCCGGAUAAGAAAAUCAAACCCGAAACACGUCUUCCAAUCCAGAUAGUGGGAUUUAUUAUCUCCGCCGCUGGGAAGGUCAUGUAUGGCUGGUUCACGCGGUAUAACCUGCAUCCUGCGGCCGGGUUGGCGGCGUCUGCAUUAGCCGGAAUCGGCACAGCCGUAAUAUUCGUGACGAGCACAUCAUUCCAAACGGAGUGCGCGCCAUCCCAAGCCGCAACGAUUGUGGCGCUGGGCGGGCUUCUGCGGAACAUCGCGGCGGCAAUUGCAGCGGCGAUUGUGGAUAGCCUUGUCAGGAGGAUGGGAUAUGGGUGGUGUUUUACAGGCUUGGGGAUGUUGGAUGUGGUUUGUGUGGGAGGGAUACUGGCGAUUAUGUGGAUGAGGGGUGGUAGGGAUGCGGUCUGA